AUGGAUACUACUGAACAAAUUACCUCUACCACUGUUACUUCCUCCAUUCCAGAAGAAAAUAAUACUACUACUACUACCACUACUACUACCACUACAACUACAAAUACCAACAGUAAUAAUAAUAUUGAUGAAGCAUCAAAUAUGAAUAAAGAAAAAGCAAUUGAAAAUGGUGGAUUAUUAAAAGCAUAUGCUGAACAAGGUAAUUUAGAAAAAGUAAAACAUUUAAUUGAAGUUGAAAAAGUUUCACCAAAUCAACCAGAUUUAUUUGGUGAUUCAGCUCUUCAUGGUGCUUCUGCAAAUGGUAGAAUUUCUGUUAUUGAAUAUUUACUUGGAAAGAAAUCAAAUCCAAAUAUUAAGAAUAAAGUUGGAUCAACACCAUUACAUAAAGCAGUUACAAUUGAUCAUAGUUCAAUUGGAUUGGGAGUUCAAAUGAAUUUGAUAAGAUUAUUAUUAAAGUUUGGAGCUGAUCCAACCAUUGUUAAUAUGGCAGGAUUGAUACCAGAGCAAUUGGCAACUAGUAUUCGUGUGAAGGAGAUGCUACAAGGUGACCAGGCCGUGACUAUCCUCUUGCCAAUUCCAAAGGUUCAUCAUGGCAAAAUCAUUGGUCGUGGUGGCAAGAACUUAAAAGAGUUGAGAGAGCUCACCAAUACUCAAAUCCAAUUGCCAGAAUCCAACGUUACCGAUAACAAAAUCACAAUUAAAGGUAGAAAAGAUGAUGUAGAGAAAGCUCGUCAAAUGAUAUUGGAUAUCGUUAAUCCACCAAAAACUCCAGAAGAGAUUGAAGCUGAAGAAAAGAAAAGAAAGGAAGAAGAGGAAGCCGAUAUUGAAAUACUUAAUCUCACCUCGAUCGCCAAAGAAAAGCAUAGUUUAAUCAUUGGUUCUCAAGGUAAAAAUAUCAAAUACUUGCGUUCUCAUUUCAAUGUUAAAAUUACAAUUCCACCAACAAAUUCAUCUGAAAAUAAUAUCUCAAUUCAAGGUAAAUCUGAAGAUAUUGAUAAUGCAAUGAAAUAUAUUAAUGAAAUUUUAAAAAAAAAUAAUGAAAUUAAAAAUAGAAAUAAUAAUACUAAUAAUAAUAAUAAUAAUAAUACUAAUAAUAGUAAUAAUAAUAGCGGUAAUAAUAAUUUUUCAAGACCAAAACCAAAAAUUGUUAAAUAA